UACAGUAUUAGUGGUGUGUAACCUAAACAAUAACAAGAUGGCUCUGUUGCGUAACCUUCCGAAAAUCAUCCCACAAAUCCAGCGAGGCAGUGCAUCCACUGUUGCUCUUUAUCACAAAAAUGUGAUUGACCACUAUGAGAAUCCACGUAAUGUGGGCUCCCUUGACAAAAAUGACAAGAUGGUGGGCACCGGACUUGUGGGCGCUCCGGCUUGUGGGGACGUCAUGAAACUCCAGGUGAAGGUUGAUGAUCAAGGCAACAUUGUGGAGGCCAAGUUUAAGACUUUCGGGUGUGGAUCCGCCAUUGCAUCAAGCUCCCUUGCCACAGAGUGGAUCAAGGGCAAAAAUGUUGAUGAUGCUGCAAAGAUUAAGAACACAGACAUUGCUAAGGAGUUAUGUCUUCCACCAGUGAAACUUCACUGCUCCAUGCUGGCUGAGGAUGCAAUCAGAGCGGCUGUCAAUGACUGGAAGGUUAAGCAGGGGAAGACCGAGGGGUAGACAUGACAGUGUAGAGGCAGUACGGGCCGCAGAGAGGGCGACAACACCUCCACAAAGCACUAGUGAUAUUAUUGUUACCUUGUACAGCUUUCCUUCGGGAAUUCUUGAAAUUUAAAAAAAAUCAAGAAAAACCUGAUGCAAGCAUUUACAUUGUGUUUUCCUAUUGAAACUUGAGCUUUGAGUGAUGUAGAUUUUUUGCUGUAUUAACAGUAUGUCUAUGCAGACGAUUUUAAAAACAGUAGAGUUUUUUGUGUUUAAUAAGUGUUUCAAUGUGUGUACAUUGUGAUGCACAUCAGUACUGGCUACAGUGUGCUGUAUUAUUUGUUUGGUUUUUCUAUCACCUAUUAACCUUUAAGUCACAAUAGCAAACAAUACAAUGUUACUUAAAUAUGUUUACGCCUCGGAAUAAAACAAAAUAAUGCUACUAUCAAUAAAUGUGUAUCAAAAUUAUAUCACCUAUAAACAAUGCAAGUAAGUUGUGGGUCUUGUCAGUAUUUAUAUCCAGAAAAUUGCUUGUAAAUAUUUGUGUUGAAUCAUUGUUGUUGAAAUAUGUAACUUAAUAAAUCAUUGAAUUUA